AUGGAUGAAAAAGAGGAAAAGCGUCUUUUACAGUGGUAUAAUGAGAUUGACAGUGAUGAUGAUAAUUAUUUGAGUAAACUUGCUGGGAGCCAAAGCUCAUCAAGUAGCGAUAUAGAACGUAGUUCUGAUAUAGAACGUUCAAUAAGUUUUAGUGAGGAUGAUGAUGAUUCCAUUAGGGAUCCAAAUUUUGAAAGUGAAGAAUGCUCAGAAUCGGACUCAGGAGAGGACAUAAUAGAAGAUGAAAAUUUAGAUGAAUCUAAUAGAUCAUCAAAAAGAAAUAAGAAUUUUGGGUCCAAAAAAAAACAGAAAGGGAAUAUUGUAUCUACGAAAGUAUCUGAAUGUUUGAAGGAUAAUAGUAAUGUGUCUUGGGAUGUUCCAGGAUGUUCGAAAGAUGAGAAUUAUAUGUGUAGGGGCAUUCCAGGAGGGUCGAAAGAUAAUAUUAUAUCUAGGGAUGUUCCAAAAUAUCCAGAGAAUACUAACAAUAUGUCAAGGGAUGCUCCAGGGUGUUCCAAGGAUGAUAAUAAUAUGUCUAGAGAUAUUCUAGGAUAUUCGACGGAUGAUAAUGUGUCUAGGGAUGUGCAUAGCGAAGUAAGUAGAAAUUCGGAGGAGCGCAUAGAAUCUGACCAUGAAGUGGAAGAAGCCCAGAGAGUCUGGAAGCUUCUGAGGGACCGCUAUGGAAGGGAGAGGAAAGCAAUGAAGAAUGUUCCUUCAGGGGCAGCAAUGGAAGAAAACAUUUGGCCGCUUUUCAGAGCGAUGUCUUUUAUGGAGAAACAUAUGGCUACAAGAAAACUUGGAUAUACUGCUCCGUCUAGAAAAGCCCUAGCUGGAGAACUUUUAGAUAUUAUGGAAUCUAAAGUGUUAAAGAUAUGA